AUGGCAGCUCGCAGACUCUCCUCCUUGCUCUCUCGUUCUCUCUCUCUUCCUCCUGUUUAUGCUUCCCUUGGUGACCACUCUCUUCUGGAGGCCCGCCAGUUGGUUUCAGAAAAAACAUUUCCAACGUUGGACCCUCGGACUGGGGAGGUGAUUGCCCAUGUUGCUGAAGGUGAUGCAGAGGAUAUCAAUUGUGCGGUGUCUGCUGCCCGGAAGGCGUUUGAUGAGGGACCGUGGCUGAAAAUGACCGCUUAUGAAAGGUCACGGAUAAUUUUGCGAUUUGCUGAUUUGCUUGAGAAACACAUUGAUGAGAUUGCAGCUCUUGAGACAUGGGAUAAUGGAAAGCCUUAUGAACAAGCUGCCAAAAUCAAAUUGCCUAUAAUUGUGCGUAUAUUUCACUAUUAUGCUGGUUGGGCAGAUAAAUUACAUGGAUUGACAGUUCCUGCUGAUGGACCAUACCAUGUGCAGACUUUGCAUGAACCAAUUGGUGUAGCAGGACAGAUCAUUCCAUGGAACUUUCCUCUCGCUAUGUUUGCUUGGAAAGUUGGCCCUGCACUUGCAUGUGGCAAUACUGUUGUCCUAAAGAGUGCAGAGCAAACGCCCUUGACUGCUCUGUAUGCAGCAAAGCUCUUCCAUGAGGCCGGUCUUCCUCCUGGUGUUCUAAAUAUAGUUUCUGGCUAUGGUCCAACUGCUGGUGCGGCUCUUGCUAGUCAUAUGGAUGUGGACAAGCUUGCUUUCACAGGAUCAACUGAUACAGGCAAGAUUGUACUCGAAUUGGUGGCAAGAAGCAAUCUCAAGCCUGUGACAUUAGAGCUUGGAGGGAAGUCACCUUUCAUUGUAUGCGAGGAUGCUGACAUUGGUACGGCUGUGGAACUUGCACAUUUUGCUCUUUUCUUUAAUCAGGGGCAAUGUUGCUGUGCUGGUUCUCGUACAUACGUACAAGAACGUGUGUACAAUGGGUUUAUUGAGAAAGCAAAGGCACGUGCUAUGAAACGUAUAGUGGGUGAUCCCUUCAAAAAGGGUGUGGAGCAAGGCCCUCAAAUAGAUUCAGAGCAAUUUGAGAAGGUUCUCAGUUACGUAAGAUCUGGGAUUGAAAGCAAU